CAGUGUAGAAGAUAUAUGGGUGAAAUAGAUCCAGCCUUCAUUCAAGCCAUCGAGCACCGGCCUAAUCUCAGCGGGGUGGAGGCCGGAGGGAUCCCACUGAUCGACCUCUCCCUCUUAAGCACUCACUCUUUGGAGGGAUAUUGCAUAGACCAUCCACAGACCAUAUCGGAUCUAGUGGAGGAGAUAGCGAGUGCAUCCAAAGACUGGGGGUUUUUUCAGGUGAUCAACCAUGGCGUGCAGCCCGAUCUGCGCCGGAGGGUUGAGACGACGGCGAAGGAGUUCUUCGAUGUACCUCUGGAAGAAAAGCGUAAGGUGAUGAGAGACGAGGUGAAUCCGUUGGGUUACUACGACAGCGAGCACACCAAGAAUGUGAGGGACUGGAAGGAGGUGUUCGACUUCACUGUAGAUGAUCCUACCGUGAUCCCGCUUACCCCUGAACCGGACGAUCAGCGCCUGCGGCAGAUCAGCAAUCAGUGGCCUGAUUAUCCUACUGAUUUUAGGGACGCCUGUGAGGAAUAUUGUCGAGCAGUUGAGAAGCUAUCGUUUAAACUGCUGGAACUCAUCUCACUGAGCUUCGGCUUGCCUGCAAAACGAUUUAAUGACUUCUUCAAAGACCAUACCAGUUUUGUCCGUCUCAAUCACUACCCUCCUUGCCCGUCACCUCAUCUCGCUCUCGGCGUUACCCGACACAAGGAUGCGGUUGCCCUCACCGUCCUUGCACAGGAUGAUGUAGGGGGUCUGGAAGUGAAGCGCAAGACGGAUGGUGAGUGGAUCAAGGUCAAGCCCAUCCCUGAUUCUUUUGUCAUCAAUGUCGGAGACAUUAUUCAGGUCUGGAGCAACGACAGGUAUGAGAGUGUGGAGCAUAGGGUAGUGGUAAAUUCGGAGAGGGAGAGGUUUUCCAUUCCAUUCUUCUUCAACCCUUCACAUUACGUGAUGAUAAAACCUUUGGAGGAACUGGUGGAUGAGGAGAAGCAACCCGCCAAGUAUAAAGAAUACAACUGGGGGAAGUUCUUCAGUACGAAGAAGCUUAGCAAUUUCAAGAAGCUUUACGUUGAAAACAUACAAAUUAUUCACUUCAAGAUAUCUGAAUAA